CAGAAAGGAUGGCGCGGGUGGUAAAAAUGAUAAUUAGAACGCAGAACCCGGACUGGAAUGAUUUGCAGGUGUUGUUGGACACAUUGAUGGAUUCCACAGAAAAGGAGAUGGUUUUAAAAGCAGCAAAGGAGAGAGCUAGAGAGGCUAUAAGGUUACAGUUAGCAGAAGGAACUGUUAAUGAUUUGGUCCCGAGUGAAGAUCCGGGAUGGGAUCCGAAUACAAGCGGGGGUAUGAGUGCAAUUAAAGAAUACCAGGAAUUGUUGCUGGAAGGGAUCAGAACCGGUAUGCCCAAGACAUUGAAUUGGUCUAAACUGUAUUCAGUAAGGCAGGACAAAAACGAGUCCCCAUCAGCAUUCCUAGAGAGACUGAAGGAAACUGCCAGAAAAUAUACUAAUUUGGAAGUAGAGGAUGAGCCAGGGAAGCUACAGCUUGCAUUAAUCUUUAUGGGACAAUCUCAAGAUGAUAUCCGAAAGAAGUUACAGAAAUUAGAGGGAGAGGAUACCCGCAACUUGGAUAAAAUGCUGGAGGUAGCCUGGAAAGUAUAUAACAAUAGGGAAAAAGAGACUGCCAAGAGGCAGCAAGCAGGGAUUCUAGCAGUAAUUCAGCAAACUGGAAAUAGAGGGAGGGGUAGAGGUGGAUCUAUGCGGGGCCGAGGAAUGGGUCGUGGUAGGGGAGGAUUUCAAAAUACAGGGGGACGGGGACAAAUUCUGGGACCCAACCAGUGUGCCUUUUGUCGCCAGAUAGGCCAUUGGAAGAACGAAUGUCCAGUAAGGAACGGGAUGAACGGGGUGGGAAUGAAUAGCAGUAUGCCAGCAAGCUACCCGAUGACUCCAGGAGAUGUCGCUCAAGCUAUGGUCCUGGGAAACUAUCAGAAUCAGAGCUGACUAGAACAGGAUUUGAAGGUUAGGUUAGAAAUCGAAGGGAAAGAGCAGGAAUUUACUAUAGAUACUGGGGCCACUUAUUCGGUUUUAAAUAAACGAUUGGGACCAAUCAGUGACACUACAGUGCAAGUAGUAGGAGCAAUGGGCCAGUUGGAAGAAAGGCCGUUCCUACAGCCAUUAAAUUUAAGAUUUGGAGGAAAAGAGUUAGAUCAUCAAUUUUUAUAUAUGCCCAAUUGCCCCAAGUCACUAUUCGGAAGGGAUUUGCUAUCUCUUUUGAAUAUGAAAAUUCUGUUUGAGGAUGGAAGAGUUAAAGUAGAAGUCCCUGAGGAAGAAAUAGCCAAAUUAUUUGUGAUCAAGGAAGUAGAACCCACCCCUAUCCCUGAGGAGGUGGAACAGGCUGUGGUACCAUGGGUAUGGGAGACAGGAGUCCCGGGGAAGUCCAAAGCUGCUCAACCAGUAAUAGUGGAAUUAAAAGAAGGGGCACAACCUGUAAAUAUAAAACAGUAUCCUAUUAAACUUGAAGCCAAAAAGGGGGUCGCUCCUCUCAUAGCCCAAUUUUUAACACAAGGAAUACUGGAAGAAUGUGAAUCAGAAUACAAUACCCCUAUUUUCCCCGUAAAGAAGCCUAACGGUAAGUAUAGAUUGGUACAGGAUUUACGGGCAAUUAAUAACAUUGUUAAGGAUAUUCACCCGGUGGUUGCAAAUCCAUAUACUCUGUUAACAUCUGUGUCUGAAAAAUUUAAAUGGUUCACUGUGAUUGAUUUGAAGGAUGCAUUCUUCUGCAUUCCCUUGGCAUUGCAAAGUAGGAAAUAUUUUGCCUUCGAAUGGGAAAGCCCAGACACCGGUCGUAAGAAGCAACUCACCUGGACGAGAAUUCCCCAAGGAUUUAAAAACAGUCCCUCGAUAUUUGGGAAUCAGUUGGCAAAAGAAUUGGAAGGAUGGCAGAUGACUGAGGUAAGAGACUCACCGUCCUCAUACGUGAUUUUGCAGUAUGUCGAUGAUAUUUUUCUAGCCACUGAAGAGAAAGAACUGUGUUUGAAACUUACAAUAGCAUUGUUGAACAUGCUGGGCCAGGCUGGAUAUCGGGUAUCAAAGGAAAAAGCACAGCUAGUAAAGGAAAGUGUGAUUUACCUGGGUUGUGAAAUCAUUCAGGGUCAGAGACGGUUGGGAAUCAACCGAGUGGAGGCCAUUUGCGCCAUCCCGCUCCCGAGGAGUCAUCAAGAAUUAAGAUCUUUCCUGGGGAUGGUAGGAUGGUGUCGAUUGUGGAUUCCGAAUUUCGGGUUAUUAGCAAAACCAUUGUAUGAGGCCCUGAAGGAACCACAGCUGAACUGGGACAGGUUAAGGAAGAAUGCCUUUCAGAAUUUAAAGCAAGCCCUGAAGGAGGCCCCGGCUUUAGGGCUCCCGGAUCUAAGCAAGGACUUUCAGUUGUACGUGAAUGAAAGACAAAAAUUGGCUCUGGGAGUGUUAACUCAACGGAUCGGGUCAUGGAAACGCCCGGUGGGAUACUUCUCGAAACAGCUGGACACAGUUAGUGCUGGUUGGCCGUCGUGCUUGCGGGUGGUUGCGGCCACGGUGAUCCUCAUUCAAGAAGCCAGAAAAUUGACAAUGGGCAAGAAAAUGGAGGUAUUUGUGCCCCAUAUGGUACUGGCUGUUUUGGAACAAAAGGGGGGUCACUGGUUAUCAUCUAGCCGAAUGCUGCAGUACCAAGCCAUAUUGAGAGAGCAGGAUGAUGUAGAAUUGAAAAUAACUAAUCAUAUCAAUCCAGCAGAAUUUCUCCGCAGUGAACAGGAGGAAGGGGAAUUGGCGCAUGAUUGUGUGGAGGUUAUCGAGCAGGUAUACGCGAGUCGGAUAGAUCUUAAGGACACACCACUGGAAGAUCCAGAUUGGGAACUGUUUACGGACGGAUCAAGCUAUGUGGAAAGUGGUACCAGGUAUGCAGGGUAUGCCGUGGUGACUGUUCAUACGGUGGUAGAGGCAAAAGCUUUACCUCCUGGCACCUCAGCUCAGAAGGCAGAGAUAAUUGGGCUUACACGAGCCCUUAUUCUGAGUACUGGAACGAAGGUUAACAUUUGGACUGAUUCUAAAUAUGCCUUCGGGGUAAUUCAUAUACAUGGGGCAUUGUGGAAGGAGAGGGGACUACUCAGUUCACAGGGAACUUCUAUCAAAUACAAAGAAGAAAUCCUAGCCUUGCUGGAAGCAGUACACAGGCCGACAAAAGUUGCGGUAAUGCACGUAAGAGGACAUCGGAAGGAGGAAGGAAAAAUUUAUCGUGGAAAUGAUUUGGCAGAUGUGACAGCUCGAAAGGUGGCACGAGAGGUAUGGACUCAGAUGGCAUUAAUACCUGUCAAGGUAAGCCCAGUGAAUCCCUUCCUAAACCAGGCACCCAAAUACACAACAGACGAUGAGAAGCUGGCAACGUUAUUGAAUGCACAAAAGAACACGACUGGAUGGUAUGUGACAACAACGGGACAAGUAGUGGUACCAGCAAAAAUAAUGAAAGUCAUCCUUGAAACAGAACAUAACAAAUGCCAUUGGGGUGCGGAGAUGCUCGUAAAAUUCUUACGGAGAGAGAUAGUUUCGAACCAGAUGUUAACACUUGCAAAACGGGUGAAUGCAAUGUGCCCAGUCUGUUUGAAAAACAAUCCGAUUGUCAGGAAACAAAUUCAACUGGGGAAACUACAGGUAGGACCGGAACCAGGAGAUUAUUGGCAGGUAGAUUUUUCCGAGUUACCAAAAGCACAGAAUUUCAAAUACUUAUUAGUGUAUGUCUGUACCUUUUCAGGAUGGCCAGAAGCCUACCCCUGUAGGACAAAUCAGGCUAAAGAAGUGGUCAGGACAUUGCUCAAGGAGAUAAUUCCCAGGUUUGGAGUACCUCUAGGGUUAUCGUCAGAUAGAGGUCCACAUUUUAUAGCUGGAGUCGUUCAAACAGUAGCCAGGAUGCUGGACAUAUCAUGGGACUUGCACACACCUUGGCGACCUCAAUCAAGUGGUCAGGUUGAAAGAAUGAAUCAAACAUUGAAAGGGCAAAUUAAGAAAAUUUGUCAGGAAGCUAAAAUGCAAUGGCCGCAAGCAUUACCGUUAGCUCUAUUGCGAAUUAGGAUAAAGCCCAGAGAGAGGUUGGGAGUAAGUCCUUAUGAGAUUCUAUAUGGGAAACCUUAUCAUGCUACUGUACUGAAGGGAGAUUUGCAUGUACAAGGGGAUCAAGUGAUAUUUAACUAUGUAAUGUCACUAAACAGAACUCUCAACAGCCUACGGGGAGCCCUGCAGUGGAACCGACCUCUACCACUGGAGAACCCCGUCCAUGACAUCCAGCCUGGUGACCGAGUGUAUGUGAAAAACUGGUUUACUGAUCCACUGAAAGAAACAUGGGACGGUCCUUACCAGGUGAUCCUGACGACAUACACAGCAGUAAAGGUGGCGGGAAUCGACACCUGGAUCCACUACACUCGAGUCAAGAAAAUUCCAACACAAUGGGAGGCUCAGAUGGUCUCCCCGACGCGAAUGAUAUUUCGCGCAAAGCCGCAUUCUUAAUUAUUCUGUUACUGGUAAUGAUGAAAUUGAUACCUACUCAAGGUGUUGUGGUUGUUACUGUUUCAGAAUCUGUUGUCGGAAUCAUGGAAGGGAUGGAUGUGAAUCUGACCUGUGCUGUUACCAAUGACCAGAAAGCUGAAGCCCGAGAUUUACGAGUAUUCUGGAAACAAGGAGCUGGGUACCCCAAGGCAAGUUUUACUACCGUUUGGGAUAGGGAUGCACAGAAAGGAAAUACCACAUUACAAUUAAAGCAAGUAACCAAGGAAGAUAUGGAAAUCUAUAUGUGUAUAGUGCAAAUUAAGUAUAGCUUUGACUAUAAGAAAAUCAAAUUGAGGGUGGUAUCUUGGAGAUUACGGGAAGGAACUGUCUCUCAGGAAUCGGUGUCAGUUAAGCCAACAUCCGCAAUUCAAGACAUGUGGGACGGUCCCCCGUUAAAGCUCAAUUGCCCAUUCACGCUGACAGAAGCAUGUAAACAAGAUGUGAAGGUUAAGUGGUGGAGAGAACAACAACAAAUGUGGGAACAAAUUGACCAGGGGGUGAGUUGGUGGAAAGUAGGGGACAGAGGAAUUGGGUGGUUAAACAUUUCGGGCCCUAAACAAGGCAUGGAUGAAGGGCGUUAUCUGUGUUUAGUUAUGUGUGGAUUAGAUGCAGACUAUGGUAUCCGAUCGUCAAUAGCUAAGGCACAUUUGGGAGAAAGGGUUAAAGCAACACGUGGAAUAUUUCGAGCAGUACGGAACAAGGCAGUCAUUCUAGUCUGUAAGAUAGAAAGGGAUGUACAGUUUAUUGAAUAUGGAUGGUGGUUUAAGGGAAACAAUAUAUGGGACAAGGAAGGGAAAUAUCGCAGGGAAAAACGAUCAGACCAAACUGUCAUCCUUAUAAUCAAGGACGUACAGCCUGAGGACGAGGGAUAUUACUGGUGCUGGAUUAGCAAGGAUUCUUGGUGGGGACAUUCAAGGACGAUGGUCUCACUCACUCGAGGGAAACCAAGAGGAGUAAGAGAAACCAAUAUCACUAUUCAAAAUGAGCAGGAACAAGAAAAUCUGAUAGUAGGAUUGAUCAGAGAUUUUGGGACAGUACAAAAUGUCUCACGAAUCACAGCAUGUCUUCCGCUCCCACAGGCAGCUGGGGAACCUAUUCCAUGGGGAGUGAUUCCGGUCCCAAUGCCUCCAACAAUACAAGGGAACAUGACAGUUAUGUGUCAGAUGGAGGUUGUGGAGAAGGAGGUAGUAGAGAUUAAAGAAGGCUAUUCCCCUGUAUGGAGAUAUUCAUCAAUUUGGGAUUGUCGGGAAAAAGGAGGUAGAUACGAACCAAAACCUGGAUUGUAUGGAGGAUUAGGAAAUUAUGGUUGGUGUUUUGAUAAGCAAGACCAACAAAUCAAGAGGAAGCAAUUAUCCCGGGAAAUGCAAUGUCAUAAUAUGACACAAGAACAGCCCAUAUGGGACCACUGGGAGGCAAUUUGGGGUCCAAGUUUGCUGGAACACUAUAGUUAUAUUGGGCCUGUUGAUUGGUGUGUACAGUGGUCAGGAAGUAAAAACCAAUCACAUGACGAAGUGUCGGAGAUAUAUACCUCAACUAGAGAGAGGGUGAUAACAAAGGAAAACUGGAAUUGUACAGAAGUUUAUACAUGUGAUACUCCAGGGGAUCAAAUUAGCCUAGUCCCAGUAAGGGUCCUUUUGAAAUGGGGAUGUGAAUGUAGGAAAUACAAUCACACAGUACCAGGCAAACCCCUUAUGAAUGGAUUUUACGGAAGGGUCUCCUGUAGAACAACUACACUCAGAAGUCCAGGAAAUUUGGUGUGGGUAAUGGAACAUGGACAGUGGACCACUCAUCUCCCUUUGGACGGACCAGUGACACAAGUAACUUUGGGAAUACCAACGCUAUGUCCUUUGUGGAAACAGUCUAAGUUAAGGGAAUCAGGGACUAGGAGAAAGAGAGAAAUUGAUGAUGAUUUGAAUUUAUUAGGAGAUGAAGAUCAAUGGCAUGAACCAGACAGCGGGGUGAAGUUUGGAUGGGCAUUGGAAUCUUUGUUUGCACCAAUAGCUACAUAUAGAAAUAGAGAAAUGUUGUUUAAGUUACUGGGACAAACAGAGAGACUGGCAGUAGCAACUAGAAAAGGGUUCACUGAUUUGAACUUACAGUUGCAGGCUACUUCCCGUAUGACUCUCCAAAAUAGAAUGGCUCUAGAUAUGUUGUUAUUGAAGGAGCAUGGAGUCUGUGGGUAUUUAAACAAAAGAAUUGACCACUGUUGCAUCCAUAUCCCAAAUGUAACAAUCGAGGUAGAGAAGGAUAUCUCCCAAUUAGAAAUAGUGGAAUCUGGAACAAAGGAAAUUGAAAAGGAGGCCCAGCACAAUUGGAUAGGAGCCUUGUUAGACUCAAUGGGGCUUCAGGUUUCUGGUUGGAUAUCGUCAAUACUGCAAUAUAUAUUGUUGUUUGUGAUUGUACUAAUUGUUGCUUGGAUAGCAUAUAAGUGUGUUUUAGGAAUAAUAACCAAGGAAACAAGACGAACCCGAAGAUUGGUAAAAGCUAUAGGAAGAAACUACGGAUUGGGAAUUCCCCCGCCUAAAUACGAAGAGGUGGCCCUUCCUGCCCUUCCUAGAAGAACCGAAGCUGAAGGUUGAGCAUCCUUGCAGAAGAUCUGAAGAAUGCUCAAAAGGGGGGACUUGUUGCAGAAAUGAUUGAAAAUUAUAUUCUAGUUAAUAGAUGCCUAGAUUAGUGAAACAAUAUAAAGUUAGCAUAAGUAGCAGUAGUUAUGCUAAGGCCUCAUAGGCCCGGUAAACUUCAAGUGAACUUUAGUGCUUUAGUGCCAGGUAGAUCGGAAGAUGUAUUAUCUAGAAAAUGUACUAAACCUUAUCUAUGGAAUGCACCUUUUGGCUGAGUAACGGAUGUCAGGGUGUACCUAAUAAAUCUCUGUAUGCUAUCUCUAAAGUGUGCAGGGAGAUGUUGGGUGUAUCAUGACGUUGAUUAAAAAUGCUUAGCAAUGCACAUGGAGUAAAUGAAGCAAUCAUGUUAAGAAAGAUAUAUAAACCCUGUAAAUUCUGUGGCAAAUUGGGGCUCUGACUUUGGACAAUAGUCCUCAGGUCCCCAGGGCCCUCAAUAAAGCACCGCAUAAAACAA